GGCGGGCUGGCCGCUCAUCCGGACACUGGGCGGGCAGAGAGGUGCCAGGGUGGCAGCACUGGGCAGCACCGAGGUGCAGAGAUGAGAGCACCCUACUCGCUGUCCUGCCUGUUCCUCCUGAGCCUGGGAGCCUGCUUCCCCCCGGGCGAGCGGUGGGAGCCGGGCCCGCCGGGGGAAGGGGCUGUGCUCGCUCCCGGCUGGCAGACGGCGGCGGAGGGCCGGGGUCCCGGCUGGAGGGCAGGGGCACAGCGGAGGAGAAGCGAGGAGCUGGAUGCGCUGCUGAGCAUCGCCCGGGAGCUGCGGGGAUACGGCACGGCCGGGGCCGGGCAGCGGCCGGGCAGGCGGGGGGGCCCCGAGCUGCUGCCCGGCGGAGGGGAGAAGCGCAGCGGCACCCUGGGCAACCUGGCGGAGGAGCUCACUGGCUACAACAGGAAAAAAGGGGGCUUCACCUUCCGCUUUGGGAGAUGAGAGCCUGGACUUGGUUCCCUCCAUCCUGCGGGUCACCCCGUCCCGUCCUUCCCUCCCGUCUCACCUGGGUUUGCUUGGACAGAAGGGUACUGGGGGGUUUUGCUGCCGGGGUUGCCUUGGGGAGGGGGGACGCUGCGUUUGCUCCACUCCCAGCUCUGCUCGAGAUCUCCCAUCCCUGCUCCCGACAGAUUCGAUGGAAGAAGAGGAGGGUGCCUUAAGGAGGAAUAACCAAAUCCCUUCCCUGAUCACACAGAGCUUUUGCUGGGGCACAGGGAAAGGGCCUGGUGCUGCAGGGCUGGCAGAGAGCAGGGAUGGCACAAGGGCGUGGGCAGGGGUGGCAGGCCAGGCAGCAAGGCUGGAGGCUUACAGCAGGAUAAUUCUGGUGCUGACAGUCCCCAGGGACUGCCUGUAGUCCAGGGCCAGCCGUCAGGGAGGAGAGGGUCCCUCAGAGCUCUCCACCGAGUUGCUGCUCUCCUGCCUAUUAAGGAAAAGUCCCUCCGGCAGCAAAUUCUGCUUAGUGUCAAGAUGCCUCUUACACGAGGCAGCUCCUGCCUGCAAAACCAGGGCAGAGCAGCAGGGUUCAAGAAAAUCUUGUCCUUACUGAGCCUGGAAAUCUGCCCUGCACCACCAGCCCUGUCACAGCCCCAGCACCCUGCUGCUGCCCUGAUCCCCAAACUCCUCCCCAGGGUGAGACAGCCAUGCCUGACCUUCAAUGUCCUUGUCACACCACCCCAGCUCCUGCCUGACAGCCUGGCCCUUCCAACGCCUUCCUGGCCUCAUCACCUCCUAUAAUCCCAGCUGCAUCCCAGAAUUUUGGGUGCAGAAGGACUGAAUGAGAACUCCUGCACCUUCCAGGACCACUGAGAGGUGCUCAGUGUCACUGGUGCUGCAGUCACCGGUGGUGCAGCUUUGGGAACCAUUAACCCCAAAAGCCAGCACGGGAAAAGCCCCACAGCCCAACCACUGCUUUCCCCAUUUUCGGGCAGAUUUAGCUCUGCCAGUCCCAGUUUUCCCUGUGCCUGCCAGAGGUACCAGCAAUCAGAGCUCUAACUACCUGCUGCAGGCACUAACAGCAACUUGCACACCGAGCCACUGCUGAUACUUCAUUGCAGGCACAAAAAUGAGCCGGGAGAUGAUUUGCAAGCGCUAAAUUGCACCCUCAAAAAUCAGAGACCGUGGCAGGACUUGGUUGGGGGAGUAAAAAGAUUUAAAAAAACCCUAAAUCAGGCUGCAAGAGGUGCAUUGUAAUAUCCAUCAAGCAGACAGACCACUUAAUGCAGUGCUGCGUGAGUCGUUCUGGCAGCAGCAGCAGGGGCUGAGGCUGAGUGGAGGAGCUGGAACCCAGGGGAAAGCAG